CCAAUCAGAAGCCUGUGUAUGAACGUAAUCGGAUUCGCAAGGCGCUGCAACUCGUAUACUCAGAGGCUACAGGGGUGUCCCCAGAAAGCCUUGCAGCCCUGGCACAGCAAGCCCGGGUGGUGAAAGAAGCGUUUAACAAAACCAUCGACGACCUUUUCGACCGUCACAUGUACCUCAGCCCCACCUAUGGCCACAUGACGCUGUCUAAUACAUCCGUUCUGCUGACUCUGCCAUGGUCGCUCCGUCGGCGUGUUUACAAUCGUAUAUGCGCUGUGGUGUCUGGCCCGUCGCGGUUCCCCCUGUCGCCUGAGCAGGCAAUCGCCUUCGAUAGAUACUUGGAGCAGGGCUCGCACUGUGGUACUCAGCUGAACAAGGGAUUAUCGAUAGGAAAGUGCUCGGCAGUGCUGCAGAGGACCUCAGAUCGGCGAAAGAUUGAACACUCAGCCAAACACCAUGGAGGGACACAGUCGGAUUCCGGACUGCAAGCGGCCAUAAGUCUCUGUGAGACGCUAGAGGCUAAUUUCGCCACCGAGUUCGGGCCCAUCCUCGCUACGAUCAAAGGUAGUGCGCUGUUGCAGCAGUGUGUGGGAGGUCGACCAUCCGGACGCUCUAUUCCGCCAGCCACCCCACGCGAAGCAGCCGAUGAGGACUCAGAGACUGCGGGACGGUUGGCCGAAGGUCAAAGGGGUGCGAAGACCAGCCCUUGCAUUGCUGGGCAUGGGCAGGGCACCGAUGUUCCGUCUGAUAGGGCACCCAGACCACGGCACGACGAGAUAGCAGCCCAAGGCCGAAGCGGGGCAACGCGUAUAGAGCUGCAACAAAGGAGUGAUAUAGCACCGGCAGUGACCCCAAAGGAACUACGUGUACUGAGAGAGGGCAGACAGGAGUGUGGGCUGGUGGUGUGUCGUGGGCGACCUCCGCAGAGUGAGUGGAAUCGGCUGUGUUGGCUGCGGAUGGAGCCUGGCGCACCACGGAUCUUCGAUGACAGAGUGGCCGUGACCAUUCACAGCAUCGGACGCCUAACGGAGGAUCGACUUCCCUUAUACGCACGUCACGUGUUGGCGAGCGAUUUCCAUUUGUGGAAACAAAUGGAACGUCAGACCGACAUCAUCACGACGGGCAGUAACAGGUAUCAGCGUCUCAGUCGGCACAUAGAUGGGCCAUACACUGCCCUCAACAGCGGCGCACCCGGUCCACUCUCUGAUAGGACUGGGUCAUGGUCUUCUCAGGACAGCCAUGAGUGCACAGGUGCUGGCCCUGUCUCUGGAGUGCGUACUACGGCAUACAAGAUACAAACCAAGUUGCCAAAGGAACCGAGCUAUGUCCGCUAUGGCCUGGUUGCGAUAGUGGAUGCCCAGGGGGUGCUCAUUGCCCUGCCCACUUUGGGUAUGAAUGUACUGUGCAAGUGUGUGGGCUAG